AUGAUUUCGGAGAAGAGGAAACACCGCAAGGACAAGGCCCACCGGAAGGGAAAACCGGGGAAAGGGGAGGAGGAGGCUUGGGCAACCCCCCACAAGGAGGAUAAUAAGGAGGAUAAUGAGGAGCAUAAUAAGGAGCGUAAUAACGUGCAUAACGAGCGUAACGAGCGUGGCGGCGAAAGCGACUGCAAUGGCCACUCCCUCUCGCCCCUAAUCGAGGCGCACAACUUCUUCGAAGACAAUGAGGUUAGUGAAAACGAAGAGAAGGAAAAUAAAAAGAAGAAGAAGAAGAAAAAAAAAAAAAACAGAGAGGACGACCAGGAGGAGGGGGAGCACCCCCCCACGGAUGUAAACAGCCCCAGUUGUGAGAUGGAGUGGGGUGAAGCCAAGAGGGAGGAACACCAACUGGGUAGCCACGAUGAGCAGGAGGAGGAGAGGAAGAGACGAAAGCAGGAAAGGAGAAGGCUUAAGGAGGAGAAGAAAAGGCUCAAGGAGGAGGAGAAGAAAAGGCUCAAGGAGGAGGAGAAGAAAAGGCUCAAGGAGGAGGAGAAGAAAAAGCUCAAGGAGGAAAAUAAAAUACUCAAGGAGGAGGAGAAAAAAAGGCUCAAGGAGGAGAAUAAAAUACUCAAGGAGGAGAAGAAACGGCUCAAGGAGGAGGAGAAGAAAAUACUCAAGGAGGAGAAGAAACGGCUCAAGGAGGAGGAGAGUAAAAUACGCAAGGAGGAGAAGAAACGGCUCAAGGAGGAGGAGAAGAAAAGACGCAAGGAAGAGGCCACGAAGGAAUCGCUGCCUACUAAGCAACCGCUGCCUACGAAGGAAUCGCUGCCUACGAAGGAAUCGCUGCCUACGAAGGAAUCGCUGCCUACGAAGGAAUCGCUGCCUACGAAGGAAUCGCUGCCUACGAAGGAAUCGCUGCCCACGAAGCAACUGCUGCCUACUAAGCAACUGCUGCCUACUAAGCAACUGCUGCCUACUAAGCAAUCGCUGCCUACUAAGCAAUCGCCGCCAACUAAGCAAUCGCCGCCAACUAAGCAAUCGCCGCCAACUAAGCAAUCGCCGCCAACUAAGCAAUCGCCGCCUACUAAGCAACCGCUGCCUACGAAGCAAUCGCUUCCUACUAAGCAACUGCUGCCUACUAAGCUAUCGCCGCCUACUAAGCAACCCCAAACAGCGAGAAAAAAAAAAAGUGUCCGCUUCGAGCAUGAAGAAGCCACCAACGAAGAAAUCCUCAACUACUUCAUCCACUCGUACAAGGACAAAAUAAGCAUAGAGAACGACGAGCUGUGCCAAGUAAUGACUGGCAAGAAAUUUUUUGACAUCGAACGAUUGGCCAAAAACGCCACGGAAAUUACCCACCAGUCAUUAAUGCUGAAAAAUAUACAAAAGGAACAGAAAAAUUAUUGCAAGAAAUGUGGGUAUAUUUACAACUAUGACGAUUACAUGUACAUGUAUAUGAAGCGUUUUAAUCUGUCCAAGUUCAGGGAGAGCACUAACUGCCUCAGUGGAAGAAGUUCUUAUGGCCCAUUUAGUAAUGCCAUGGAGGAGAAUGCCAAAUUCGACAACGAAAAUGCCAUAAAGUGUAUUUAUUGUGGAGCCCUAAUAGAUACUAUCGAAAUGUAUGAGCACUGGGAUGGAAAAGAAAAUUUUAUUGAAUUAAAUUCCUACAGAGAAAAAUACAUAUUUGACAAGAAUCAAAAAAGUUAUUGGAAAAAUAAAAUCACCUCUUUUGAAAAGAACGUGUCCCUAUUCAAGGAAGAUCAAAAUCAAGCCUAUAAUAUUACUUAUGAAAAAUGCACAGAUUGUGGCAAUGACUUUUUGCAUUUUAUUAAUAUACAGACCAGGAGUGCCGAUGAAGGAUCCACCAUUAUUUAUUUCUGUCCCAAUUAUGGCAGUCUAUUCGGAGCCCCACACACAGAUGUCAUGUGCUACCCGUCAGGGUAA